AUGGACAUGCGAUCAGACCCAAUUGCCAUUUGUGGCAUGGCUCUUCGCUUGCCUGGCGCGCUCAAAACACCCGCGCAGUUCUGGACAUUUCUCACGGAGAAGAAGGAUGCUCGUGCACCCAUUCCUCUGACACGGUUCAACGCCGAAGCUUUCCAUUCGGCUUCUGGAAAGUCCGGCUAUAUCAACUCAACAUAUGGCUACUUUCUGGACGAAAGCGCUGAAGUGGGCGCUAUUGACACUUCCUUGUUUCGCAUGUCGCAACAAGAAUCGGAGCGCAUGGAUCCUCAGGUCAAAUUCCUUCUAGAGCUUGCAAGAGAGUGUUUCGAAAGCGCUGGAGAGAUCGGGUGGCGCGGAAAAGACAUUGGGACAUAUAUCGGGUCAUUCGGAAACGAUUGGUUAGAGAUGGCUACCAAAGACCGUUUGAACAAGAGUAUGUACAAGGUCACUGGUCACAACGACUUUUCGCUCUCGAAUCGGAUAGCGUAUGAGUACGAUCUCAAGGGUCCGAGUAUGACUAUCCGGACAGCAUGUUCCGCAUCCCUUCUGGGAUUACAUGAAGCAUGUCUCGCAAUACGGAACGGUGACUGCAGUGCAGCUCUGGUUGGCGGCUGUAAUCUACUUUGGAGUCCCGAUACUAUGUCCGAUAUGUCGGAACAAGGCGUCACCUCACCCAACGCAUCUUCUCGAUCGUUCGAUGCAGAUGCAGAUGGGUACGCGCGUGGAGAAGCUGUCAACUUGAUUUACGUCAAACCGCUUAGUGCUGCUAUCAGGGAUGGAAAUCCUAUCCGCGCCAUCAUCCGUGGAUAUGCUACGAAUGCCGAUGGAAAGACUCCUGGGCCGAGUAUGCCCAGCUCUUCGAGCCAAGAGGAAAUGAUGCGUAGAGCAUACCAGACUGCUGGGAUCCCAGAAUCUGACAUCACACGAACUGCAUUUGUUGAAUGUCACGCAACGGGCACCACCACAGGCGAUCCUAUCGAGGCUACAGCAGUGGGGAAUGUAUUCGGACAUGGCGGAGUCUACAUUGGGUCUGUCAAGCCAAAUGUUGGUCAUUCUGAAGGCGCAUCGGGAAUUACGUCCAUCAUCAAAGCCGUCUUGGCUUUGGAGAAUCGUGUCAUACCACCAAAUAUCAAGUUCAAAACACCAAAUCCCAACAUCCCAUUCCAUGACAAGGACUUGAAGGUGCCGACUAGUUGCAUCGAAUGGCCUGCGGACAAAUUCGAGCGAGUCUCUGUCAACAACUUUGGAAUCGGAGGUGCUAAUGCUCAUUUCAUCCUCGAUUCUGCUGCAUCGUACAGCGGGAUUUCGAAUGCAGUCGAUGUAGAGCAGAAUGCGUCAUCUCUAAACUCUGUGGGAUUGGGUAAAUUAUUCUUGGUAUCAGCAAACACAUCAGAAUCUUUGGAGAUGCAAACCCGGAAUCUUCGGGAAUAUGCAUUGUCAAAUCCAACGAACGCCGAUCACGGGUCAUACACAUUAGCUUGCCGACGCGAGCACCUUACGCAUCGCGCCUUUGGUGUGGUACAGGGAGGAUCGAUCGACUCACGCGUUGGAGUUUCCAUCGCUGGGUUGUCGUCGCCGCGGCUAUCUAUGAUAUUCACUGGCCAGGGUGCCCAUUGGCCGCGUAUGGGCAUUGAACUUUUACAGUUCAACGAUACAUUUGCCUCUUCUAUCAAAGCGAUGGAUGAAGAGCUCAGGGGGCUGCCAAAACCACCUACAUGGAGCAUCCAGGAAGAACUCAUGAAAAGUGAACUCUCCAGUAAUUUGGGGAAGGCUGCUAUUGCUCAGCCGUUGUGCACUGCGAUCCAAGUGGCUCUAGUAGAUACUCUAGCCGAUCUAGGGAUCAAACCUCACUGUGUGCUUGGCCAUUCAUCAGGAGAAAUAGCUGCAGCAUAUGCGGCAAACAGGAUAUCCCGUCGAGCGGCCGUAACUCUUGCUUACUACCGAGGCCUUGUUUCACAAGCUGUGUCUGGGGGUGGUGCGAUGGCUGCAAUCGGUCUGAGCUGGGAUGAGAUGACUGCAUUUCUUCAAGAGGGUGUGGUCCUUGCAUGCAACAACUCGCCUUCGAACGUCACCAUUUCGGGCGACGAGGUAGCUGUACGAAAUGUUGUGGAAGCUAUCCAAACCAACAAACCUGAUGUGUUUGUGCGCAUGUUGAAGGUGAGCACGGCAUACCACUCGCAUCACAUGUUCAACGCUGGUAUUGAAUACGAGGAAAUGAUGGCAUCAAUUCUCAAUGAUCAAGUUCCUCAGACCGGAGCGUCUACAAACGCAUGUUUUUUCUCAACGGUAACCGGGGCACUUUUGCCAGAUUCCGACCAUAUUGACGCGCGGUAUUUCCGUCGCAACCUCGAAUCACCUGUCCUCUUUUUACAGGCUUUCGAAAGCCUUUUAGCUGAGUUCAAAGAUACUCCGCAUCGCAAUCUUUGUUUUCUCGAAAUAGGACCUCACAGCACUCUUUCGGGACCGCUUCGGCAAAUCUUGGCGAAACCUUCUCUUGUCUACUCAUACGCCUCAUGCCUCCAGAGAGAGAAGAAAUCAGUUGGAACACUGCUCGCAGCCCUGGGAACACUUUGGCAAUACGGCUUGGAUUUCGACCUCUGCCGACUAACGAAUCCGCUCAAUACUGCAAAAGUGCUAACAGACAUGCCACUAUAUCCCUGGCAUCACAGCAACAUACAUCUGUUUCACAACCGCAUUAUUCAAGCGUGGCGACAUCCCAAAUUUGCACAUCACGAGCUCUUGGGGUCAUCGGUAUUGGAUAACGCCGAUGAUCAGCCUAGCUUCCGAAACCUCAUUCAUCUCGAGAGUCUUCCUUGGCUGCGGGACCACAAUGUUGAUGGCGUUAUUGUCUUUCCAGGUGCUGCAUACGUCACCAUGGCUGGGGAAGCUUGUCGGAGACAAUUCCUAUCUGACCAGGACUUCAAAUUUCUUGGUUUCAGUGUGAAGAAUAUGGUCAUUGGUACCGCGUUGAUCCUGGAAGAAAGCAACCCAGUCGAGAUCGUUACUUCUCUAAGAAGAUGGCGUAUUACGGAUCAUUUGGAGAGUAACGGCUGGGAGUUUACGAUAUCAUCAUACUCAGGAACUACGUGGACAAAACACUGCUCAGGCUCCGUUGAGUCAAUCAUCUCUCCACCUCCUCCUGCAUCAGUACAUGAAAAUAAUUUUCCACGGAAGACAGAUACCACAAAAUGGUACCAAGCUAUGUGGCACGUUGGGGGCAGGUAUGGGCCCUGCUUCCAAGGACUAAAGGACAUCGAGUGUACUCCAAACAGUCAUAGUGCGAAGGCCACCGUCUGCGAUAAAACCCCCGAUGAUUGCGAAUCGCAUUAUCUGUUACAUCCAACAACAAUCGAUGUAUUUUUCCAGGCAAUAGCUCUGGCUGCAUGUAACGGACAACCACAUACGAUUGACCGAAUGAGUGUGCCCACAUUCAUCAAGAACAUACAAGUUUUCAACUACUCGGGUGACCUUCAGGUGCAAACCUCAGCGGAAGGACUGGCGCAUGGUAGAGUCCAUGGUGGGGGCUGUGCCAUUAGUGCAAAUGGGUCGCUUGCUAUGAAGGUAGACCAACUCAAGCUCGUGCCUCUAGAUACUAUAUUUGAGACAGAUCCUCAUGCUGGCGCCUCGGUAACAUGGAUGAUUGAGCCCAGCUUUACAACCAUGUCAAGCUUUCUCGAGUAUAGCGCCGAGUCCGUCAAAUGCGCACCAAUCAUUCAAGAGAUGACUUUACUCCACAUCCGAAAGGCCUUGGAGCAAAUUCAAUCCAUCAAACCAGCAUCGGGUACGAUGGAAAGAUUUGUGAAUUGGAUGAAGAGGCAAAGCAUUCCGGAUACAUUGCGAUCCACGGAAACUGUGACAGCGGAAUUCAAAGCCAUGUCAUUCCCUGGCACUAUGAAUGCGAUCAAAAAGAUCAGUGAAAACAUUGUGCCGCUAGUACUGGAAGAAAUCUCUGCAAUAGAGCUUUUAGUGGCUGAUGACACAUUGACAAAGCUGUACCAAGAGAUCAAAGUCACUGAUCGAGGGCCACACUUGAAGCUUCUUGGACAUCAGAAACCGAACAUGCGCAUCCUCGAGAUUGGAGCGGGAACCGGAGGAACAACUCGCGAGUUCCUUUCUAAUUUGGUGAAUGAUUCAGAUGGAGGCAGGCUAUGGUCCAGUUACACUUAUACGGACAUCUCGGCCGGGUUCUUCGGUGCUGCUAAAGAGACUUUCAAAGACUAUGCACUCGAAUACAAGGUUCUGGACAUCACGAAGGACCCUGUGGCUCAAGGCUUCCAAAGUCAUGAUUUCGAUCUUGUCAUCGCCACCAACGUCAUACAUGCGGUUCCCAGUCUCCAGCAAGCGCUACGCAAUGUUCAUAGUCUAUUACGUCGUGAUGGCACAUUCUAUCUUGAAGAACUGUGCCCAGAUGUAAAAAUGAUUAACUUCACCAUGGGCCUUCUUCCAGGAUGGUGGCUAGGCGAAGGCGAUGGGCGCGCUGAUGAGCCAUAUGUACAACCUGACAGAUGGGAUAGCGAGCUUCGCGCUGCUGGUUUCACAGGGGUAGCGGAUUGCAUGCUAGACGCCCCACGUCCACACCAGGGCAACGCAUUUAUGAUAGCCUACCCUCUCGCCGAGGAGGUGCUUCCCAAGCCUCUCACACUGCUAUUUGAUGACAGUACACAGCGAGUAGUCGAGGAUUUGAACACUGAGUUAUCUCAAAAUGGCUACUUCGAAACUACCGUUCAGCACUGGGAUACUGCAACAAUGACACGCAAGGGGGACGUCAUAUGUUUGCUCGAUAUCAGCGAAUCUUUCUUCUCAAACAUCAAAGCCUCCCGUUUCGACAAAUUCCGCUCAUGGCUGAAUCAAGUCUCAGAAUCAAAAAAUGGUAUUCUCUGGUUAACUCGGAGCUCUCAGCUGAGUUGCGAGCACCCUAGAUGGGGGCAAACACCUGGAGCCAUGCGUUCAAUUCAGAAAGAAAUGGGAAUUGAUUUGGCAAUCUGUGAAGUCGACCGGCUAACGAACGUGAGUUGGAAAGCGAUUACACAGAUUGCAGAAAGGUUCUCUCGUCGCCAUUUAUCGAGCUACGAUUUGGAAUUGGAGUACGCUAUUGAGAAUGGCAAGAUAUAUAUACCACGGUUGUAUCCUUUGCUCAUCAACUCGGAACUUCGGGAACCCGCUCAUUCUGCGACUCCAAUGACCCGGAGAGAGGAAGACAAGCGUAAUCUAACACUGGGGACAGCGGGCAGGCUGGACACGCUCCAGUGGACUAAUGUCCCAUGCGAAAGACCCAUUGAAAACCAAGUUGUGGUCGAAAUUAUGGCGACAGGUCUCAAUUUCAAGGAUCUGCUGACCGCUAUGGAUCUCAUCGAAGCACCGCGCCAAGUCCUCGGAUUGGAAGCGGCAGGAAUCAUUCGAGAAAUCGGAUCAGAAGUUGGCGAUUUCCAGAUAGGGGACCGUGUCGUUAUUAUGGGCAAUACAGGUUUGUUCACAACAAAAGCGGUCGUACCCAGCAUGACGUGCUGGAAACUCCCCAAUUCUCUCUCUUUUCAAGAAGCCGCAACUAUGCCUUGUGUAUUCUUGACCGCCAUCUAUGGACUGCUCGAUAUCGGUCAGAUGAGUGCUGGGCACACUGUUCUGAUUCAUUCUGCAUGUGGUGGAGUCGGCAUCGCGGCUAUCCAGCUAUGUCGCAUGGUAGGGGCAACGAUCUACUGUACCGUCAGUACCGAAGAGAAGGUCAAGUUUCUAGAAAACGAAUUUGGUAUACCACGCAACCAUAUUUUCGACUCACGCAGUCGGUCUUUUGUGGCUGAUGUUAUGCGCGCCACCGAUGGCGCUGGAGUGGACCUUGUCCUUAACUCGCUUUCAGGUGAACUUCUCCAUGCAUCUUGGGAAUGUGUGGCGAAACUCGGCAAGUUGAUCGAAAUCGGGAAACGAGACUUAUUAGCAAAUGGCCGAAUAUCUCUGAGUCCUUUUGCUGAGAAUCGGAGCUUUCAUGGCAUUGAACUCUCUCUUCUCUUCGAAAAUCGACCCACGGAGUGUCCAAGGCUUCUGAAGAAGAUGAUAGAUUUUUACGAAGCAGGCCACAUCAAACCCAUCUUUCCCAUAAAGUCCUUUGCAAUGGCCGAAGUGGAGCAAUGCUUUAGGUACAUGCAACAAGGUCGACAUAUCGGCAAGGUUAUCAUGUCUGUAGGUGAUCCGUCGGAUCAGCCCACUGAACCGAAAGAACCAAUCACACAAAAUCCCAAGCGCAGUCCGAAGUUCAACCCACAAGCAUCGUAUUUGCUUGCCGGUGGCCUUGGUGGCCUAGGCCGUGUUGUGGCCAAUUGGAUGGUUGAGCAUGGCGCACGACACCUAAUAUUUCUUUCUCGAAAUGCAGGAGAAAGGGAAACCGACAAAGCAUUCUUGGAAGAACUCGAGUACCAAGGAUGCAAAGUGAUGGCAGUGAAGGGGAGCGUUGCUAUUGUCAAAGACGUGGAGAAGGCUAUUGCUGCUGCAACUGCUCCUCUACGUGGUGUGAUGAACAUUUGCAUGGAAUUGCAGGACAUGGGAUUCCGCGAGAUGACCCAUGAGGCAUGGAGCACUGUCAACGAGUCGAAAAUCAAUGGUACAUGGAAUAUGCACAACGUGUGCAUGUCCAGAGAGAUAAGUCUUGACUUCUUCCUUCUCUUCAGCUCGGUCACGGGUGUGUUUGGCAACUUUGGCCAAGCAAACUACGCAGCGGCGAACACCUUCCUCGACACUUUUGUACUUUAUCGACAUUCCUUGGGCCUGAACGCUUCUGCUGUUGACAUCGGUAUGAUGUACGACCACGGAUAUGUCGCAGAGAAUCCGCUACUUGCGGAACGAAUGCGGUUGCUUGGUUCGUAUGGUAUCGGAAUACCACAGCUCUUGGACGCAAUCACGCUCAUUCUAAGCACCCCUAGAGCCAAGCUGAACAAAGUUACAUCACGGACAUGCUCUUCUCUAUUGGGCAUUGGUGUUCGCAGCGGGCUAUCGCUGUCUGAUCCUUCGAAUCGCGUAUUUUGGAAACACGACCGGCGAAUGUCAUAUUACGUCAACCUCGAAUCAUCGGCGCACGUAGCUUCUGGUGCAGCCUCCAACGAGGAUGAACCCACGCGGGUCAUCAGAGACUUCAUGCAGCAAGUUCUUGCUGAGCCAAAACUUCUCGACCAGCUCGAUACCCCGGUUUUCCUCGCGCGACAGAUUGCAAGAAAAAUCGCGCUCAUGCUUCUUCGACCCCUUGAUGACAAGGAAGACAGCGAGGUUGAUAUAUUGAGCCCGUUGCAGGAUGCUGGCCUGGAUAGCUUGGUUGCUAUAGAGAUGCGGAGGUGGUGGAGGACGACAUUUGGCUUCGACAUUACCAUGCUCCAGAUGAUUGGAGCUGAGAACAUGUUGGCACUUGGUGAUCGGGCUGUUGAAGGACUGAGAACUAAGUACGCAGAAGUUGAAGAACAACCAGUAACCCUGACACCUGCUGUCACUGUAUCGGCUUGA